AUGUCUGACUCAGAGAGCAGUAAUUAUUCUGACAAUGAAAGCGAACGUGGAGCAGCUGCUAGUGGUAGUGAACCCGAAGACAAUAGAUCAGCAAGAUCCGGGAGAGGCAGUGGAAGAUCCGCUUCAAGAAGCAGAAGCAGAUCACGUUCAAAAUCACGCAGCCGUUCACGUUCUCGUUCAGGCUCCGGUUCAGAGGGAGCUCGAGACGAUGAGGCCGAAGAGGCGAAUUCAGGUGAUGAAAAUGUCGAGCCUGAGGAAGAACCGGAAGGAGAAGACUUGGACAGUGAAGAGUAUGAAGAUGAGGAAGAUGACAGGCCACGAAAGAAGAAGAAGAAGGAUAGAUUCUGUGGAUUCAUUGAUGACGAAGCCGAGGUGGAUGAUGACGUUGAAGACGACGAAGAAUGGGAAGAAGGAGCUCAGGAAAUAGGAAUCGUUGGGAAUGAGGUUGAUGAGCUGGGACCGACAGCUCGAGAAAUUGAAGGACGUAGACGUGGUACCAAUCUUUGGGAAUCUCAGCGAGAAGAUGAAAUUGAAGAGUAUUUACGUAAAAAGUAUGCUGAUGAGUCUGUAGCUCACAAACAUUUCGGAGAUGGAGGUGAAGAGAUGAGUGAUGAAAUUACUCAACAGACUCUUUUGCCGGGUGUCAAAGAUCCUAACUUAUGGAUGAUUAAAUGUCGUAUUGGAGAAGAAAAAGCAACAGUACUUCUUUUGAUGCGUAAAUUUUUGACGUAUCUUAACACUGAAAGUCCACUGCAAAUAAAAUCAGUUGUGGCGCCCGAAGGAGUCAAAGGUUACAUUUAUAUCGAAGCUUACAAACAACCACAUGUUAAAGCAGCUAUUGAAAGCGUGGGUAAUCUCCGACAUGGUAUUUGGAAGCAACAGAUGGUACCAAUUAAAGAAAUGACUGAUGUGUUGAGAGUUGUUAAAGAACAAACUGGAUUGAGAGCUAAACAAUGGGUAAGAUUGAAGCGCGGUAUCAAUAAAGACGAUAUUGCGCAAGUUGAUUACGUUGAUCUAGCUCAAAAUCAAGUUUACUUGAAAUUAUUACCCAGAAUAGACUACACUAGACCACGUGGAGCGUUAAGAACCGCUCAAGCUGAAAUAGACGCUAAACGUAAAAAGAAAAGACGACCACCAGCAAAACCAUUUGACCCAGAAGCUAUUCGAGCUAUUGGUGGAGAAGUAACUAGUGACGGAGACUUUUUAAUUUUUGAGGGAAAUCGUUACAGUCGCAAGGGAUUUUUGUAUAAAAAUUAUAAUACAAAUGCUAUUAUUGUCGAGGGAGUUAAACCAACAUUAUCAGAGCUGGAACGCUUUGAAGAAGCGCCAGAGGGUAUUGAUAUUGAAUUGAGUGGAACUCCGACUACUGGUAAUGGACGAGAGGAUUCAUCAGUAGCCCAUUCGUUCAGUAACGGAGACAAUGUUGAAGUUUGUGAGGGUGAAUUGAUGAAUCUCCAAGGUAAAAUCGUAUCUAUUGACGGAAAUAUAAUAAUGGUUUUACCUAAACACGAAGAAUUAAAAGAACCUCUUGAAUUCCAAGCCAAUGAAUUGAGGAAGUAUUUUACAAUGGGCGACCACGUAAAAGUUGUUGCAGGGCGGUAUGAAGGAGAUACUGGUUUAAUUGUUAGAGUUGAACAGAAUCGAGUUGUCUUAUUUUCUGACUUGUCGAUGCACGAGCUAGAAGUUCUUCCUCGUGAUCUUCAGCUGUGCUCAGAUAUGGCUACUGGAGUUGACAGCUUAGGUCAAUUCCAAUGGGGAGAUCUAGUGCACUUAGAUGCCCAAACAGUGGGUGUUAUUGUGCGACUAGAGCGUGAAAACUUCCAUGUUUUGUCAAUGCACGGUAAAGUUGUAGAAGCAAGACCUCAAGGACUUACCAAGUGCCGGGAGAAUCGUAAUCCUGUGGCUUUGGAUUCUCAGCAGAAUACAAUUCAGAAAAAAGACAUUGUUAAGGUAGUUGAUGGACCACACGCUGGACGUGAUGGUGAAAUAAAACAUUUGUAUCGUAGCUUUGCAUUUUUACAUUCUCGUAUGUACGUGGACAAUGGUGGAAUAUUUGUUUGCAAAACACGGCAUCUACAAUUAGCUGGUGGUAAUAAAGCAAUUACAUCAAUGUCACCGAGCUCUGGUUUUAUGUCACCGCGUAUUGCUUCACCGAUGCACCAAAGUGGUGGCGGAUUUGGAAGAGGAGGUGGAGGUGGUGGACGUGGCCGUGGACGCGGUGGUGGCGCUCGCAGAGACCGGGAAUUGAUUGGUACUACAAUUAAAAUCACCGGAGGUCCUUACAAAGGAAAUGUUGGAAUCGUUAAAGAUGCAACAGAGACUACAGCUCGUGUGGAGCUGCAUUCAACAUGCCAAACUAUAUCUGUCGAUAGAUCACAUAUUGCCAAUGUUGGAGUGCCAACCAAGGACGGUGGUUUCAGCUCCUACAGCAGAACACCAGCCUACGGAGCGGGUGGUCAGACACCAAUGUACGCUCGCGAUGGUGCCAAGACACCGAUGCACGGUUCUCAAACUCCGAUGUACGAAAAUGGAUCUCGUACUCCUCAUUUCGGUUCUAUGACGCCUUCACACGAUGGAUCUCGUACUCCUGGACAGUCCGGAGCCUGGGAUCCUACGGUUACUAAUACUCCGGCUCGGAACAAUGACUUUGAUAACUACAGUAUGGAGGAAGGUGGAUCUCCAGGCUAUGCUCCUGGGUAUCCGUCUACUGGGGGUCCAUUCACACCUCAGACACCCGGGACUAUGUACGGGUCAGAACAAAGUUACAGUCCUUAUCAACCGAGUCCUAGUCCAGCUGCUAGCGCUACUGCUAGUCCUAGCCCCGCUGGAUAUGUCGCUACUCCUUCACCUUCAGGUGUUGCUGGCAGUCCAUACAAUCCACAGACACCUGGGUCUGGGUUAGAUACUGGUGUUGGAUCAGCUAUGCUCAGUAAUUCUGAGUGGCAUACAGUUGACAUUGAAGUUCGAGUUAAAGACGCUCAUAGUGAUCCAGCUUUGGCUGGACAACAAGGAGUUAUCAGAGGAAUAUCGGGAGGAAUGUGUUCUGUAUUUCUACCCGCUGAAGAUCGCGUUGUCAACUUAAUUUGCGAUCAAUUGGAACCAGUUUUACCGAGCCACGGUGACCGAGUAAAAGUAAUUUUAGGAGAAGAUCGUGAAAGUGUUGGAACUUUAUUGUCCAUCGACAACCAAGAAGGUGUUGUUAAACUCAGCGGUGGUGAACUUAAAAUGUUGCAUCUAAGAUUUUUAUGUAAAAUGAAAGGAUAA